CCUUCCCCUCCUCUCCUUUCCCCCUUGUACAGCUUGGUUGUUGUGGUUGUAUCAACUUCUUUAUUAUACGGGCUCAUCACUUAUGACGCCGUCUUUGCCCACGGUUGUUAUCGUCGCUCAUUCGCUAGCCUCAAGCAUAAAAGUAUAAGGGGAAUUUCAUUCACGCCGAUGCACUCGUUAUCUUGACUCAAGUUCAACCGUCAAAAUGGACGAAAAACGUUCAACUGGCAACUCUGCUGGUAAUAGAUCUAGCGCUUUACCCAGACCGACAUCACGUCUUCCUAUGCCUCGAUCUAGUGUAUUUGCUCCUACAACUUCCUCUUCUGCUAAGGCUCAACCACCCGUCGAACCGACACGCGGACGAUCGACCCAACCUGCACCUACCAAUACUGUCCGAAACCCCCGGUUACGACCAGCACCUUCUAAAGAGCAAUUGAGCACUACAUCAACGGUUCGCAAGACUCAGAAGUCCAGCGCACCUCCCGUAAGCUCGCAGACCAAUCGUCGAGAUCUCAGCUCGAGGAAUAGGAGCGCAUCGCGUGGGGCGAAACCAGCAACUAUACAGGAAAGCCGAGAUGCUCGUCCUGAUCCUUUUAAGAAGCCCCUGGUGCCUAGAAGACGACCGUCAGGCCAACUUUCUCAAGCCUCUCCCACUACUUCAACCGGAGGGACGUUCUCGCCAGUAGAAGAUGACGAUGACGAUUUUGCAGUUGAUUCGCUUCCACAACUAACAAGGUCUGCCGACGAAGGCCUUACUUUCGAUAACCUACAAUCGCAACCAAGAAGACCUCGCCCGUCACUCUCCGAGAGAACAAUUGAGACACUUGCUCAGCUGCCAUCCUCCCCCGCCUUCAAACGACGUGGUAGCAACUUCUUCGAGAUGGAUCCGCCUGGACGGCCACAAUCUAAGGGCAGUGUAGGGUCAAGAUCAAGGCCGAGCUCGAGACCAGGUUCCAGCUAUCAAUCUGAUGCUUCCACCAUACGAUCUGCAAGAUCUCUUAGUAGGCCAGGGUCAAGUUCGGGUCAACAGGACAGCUAUACAAACUUCCGGGCGUCUACGAAUACUUAUAAGCCGCCUUUAUCGACCGUGCUAGGUACUCCGACGAAGAGGGCUUCUGCUAUCAAUUCUAGGACACCAGCUGGCAGGGCUACUUCAAGUUUCGCUUCAAGGCCUAGUUUGAACAAGGUCCCUUCCAGAUCUUCGCUAUCAGCUUCGGUAGGGCCCUCUUCACCAAGUCCAGAUAAGCGUUUGGAUCCUUCCAUGUCAAAAUUAGGGUCUAAAACAGCUACCGCCCGCCCAUUGAAAUCGAGAGCUUCAAUGAACAAUUUGUAUAGAAAACCAUCCUUGGCGUCACUGGACAAACAAUUACCGGAAGUACCGCCUAGCCCUUCCCGUAAAGCUUCGCUCGCGUCGGCCAAAUCAUCUAGCACAUCUAAUGAUGGGCGUAACUUAUCGAGUGCUUCUACUGCUUCUACGGCGCUGACGGUGGACUCUAUUGAAGAAGCGCCGGUAUCUACACCUAGAAAGUCGUCUGCCGCGCUACGAGAUCAAAUCGCAAAAGCGAAAGCCGCGAAGCGUGCUGCAUCUCGACAAGUCUCGAGCACCAAGAUACCUGAUGUAGAUGAAGCACCUGUCGUCCCUACUGAUACGACAUUUGAUUUUGGUCUAUCUGAUGAUCCUUUUGGUCAACAAAAGUUCGAGGAUACAAAUCGCAAAGUAAUGCAAUUGCGAAUUAAUACCGCUAGAACUACCGGAAGGCUUAAUAUUGCGGCUAUGGGUUUGAAGGAAAUUCCAACAGAGGUGUUGAAGAUGUACGAUUCUGAGUCGACGGAUCGUCCUGGUGCAUCGUGGGCAGAAAGUGUGGAUUUGACUCGGUUUGUGGCGGCUGAUAAUGAAUUGGAGUCGAUUGACGAUGCGAUUUUUCCCGACAUAGAUCCCAAUGAUUUCGCCAAUGAAGAUAAUAGCGAGGGUAACCUAUUCGGCGGAUUGGAGUCACUAGACCUACACGGCAACAUGUUAAUAGCCCUACCUAUGGGUUUAAGGCGUCUCCAGUUGUUGACGUCUCUGAACUUGUCAUCAAAUAAACUUACAAACAACUGCCUAGAAGUUAUCUCACAGUUAACUACAGUCCGAGAUCUUAAGCUAGGCAAUAAUCUUCUGUACGGUCGGAUGGAAGUGGAUUGCUUUGAGAACCUCCAGAAUCUCGAAAUUCUCGAUCUUCAUGGCAAUAACAUUUCAUCACUCCCAGAUGGUGUUGAUAAGUUAACGCGUCUUCGGAUGCUUAACUUGAAUGAGAACGCGUUCGAGAGUUUGCCAUUCGAAAGUUUUUCUAAGCUUCCACUUACUGAACUACAAGCUCGCAAGAACAAGCUCUCUGGUACCCUCAUAGGGCCCGGUGUAGAGAGCCUUCCGUUGCUUCAGAUCUUUGACGUAGCAGCAAAUCAAAUCCAGCAGAUAGUAGGCAUUGGCCAAUCUCUAAAGAUGCCUUCUCUUCAUCAAUUCACGAUAUCUAUGAACCGAAUCUCAUCAAUUCCGGACAUGAGUUCGUGGACUAGCCUUCUUACUAUCAAUGCGGAUGAGAACAGUAUCGCCGCGUUUCCGGAAGGUUUCACAACGUUGGAGAAUUUGCGCCAUGUUGAUUUCACUAGCAAUGACAUCCGCAUUGUGCCCCCGGAGAUUGCGCGAAUGGAUACUUUAGGAAUGCUACGAAUUACUGGAAAUCCUUUGAGGGAUAAGAAGUUCACGUCUAUGACGACGGAACAAUUGAAAGAUGCGCUAGCAGCGAGGUUGGAGCCCAUCCCUCAGUCUGAAAUGGGCGGGCUUGAGAAUUUUGGAAAUGGAUUCUCAGUGGUUCCACCUACCAAUGAUAACACCCUCUCAGCUGCUCCAGUGCAUAGUGGUGCAGAAGAUACCGAGAGCCGUUCGGAAUUUGAUGACUUUGCUACACCACCUACUUCAGCACCUCACUCCCCAGCUCGUUCGCGAUCUCAUACAUUAACUAGUCAGACAUGGCCUAUUAAGCCUGGUGGCCUAUUGGAUCGAUCGGAUACACAAUCGUCUUCGCUACACCCGGUUGUCUGCUCCAAGAUCGCAGCAGCCCAUACUGUACGUGAAGUGCGACUGCAGCGCAAUACUUUUACACAGUUCCCGAACUCGUUGUCCUUUUUCGCCGACACAAUUACAUCGCUUUCCAUGGCACAUAAUCAGCUUACCGGGGAGAGUUGGUUAACGGAACCUAUUGAUCUUACAGCUCUUCGAGAGCUCUCUCUGGCUUCGAAUUUCGUCACAAGUUUGACGCCGCUUACAACGAAUCUUUGCGCGCCAAACCUACAAAAAGCAGACUUCUCAUGCAACAGAAUUGUCAAACUCCCGACUCUGCGAGAGUUUUUCCCAAGCCUUACUAUCUUGCUCAUCUCCAACAAUCGAUUGGAAGAUAUUGAUCCGGAGUCUAUCAAGGGGAUGAAAAUAGUUGAUGCCAGCAAUAAUGAGAUAGCCCACCUAAAUCCUCGUAUUGGACUUCUAGGAGGUACUGGAAACUUGGAGAGAUUCGAGGUAACCGGGAAUCGAUUCCGAGUACCUAGAUGGAAUGUACUCGAGCGCGGAACCGAAGCUACUCUUCGUUGGCUUAGAGGCCGUGUACCUGUUGCAGAGAUGGCGGAGUGGAAGGCCAAGUUAGGAGAAGGAGAAGAGGAUUCGGAACUUGAUUAAUCAGUAAUAAGUUGACAUCGGUAUAUACAACGCAAGCUUAAGUUUUUGGUCGAGGGGUUGUGUCUUGUUUGGGUGGUCAUGACGC